CAGGGCUGCUGAGGAGCCACAUAGGUGCAAGCAAUAGGUCAGUGACAAUUUGCAUUGGGGGUGGGGGGAAUUGACACCUCCACCAACAGCUUUGUUACUUUGCUCAACAGCUGCUUGAUUAGGUCACUGACAGUUGAACUUUAUGGAAAAUCAAAAAGGAAAUUUGACUUAUUUAAUAGUGUGGGACUGAGGACAGCCAACAGGAUCAGAGAAGCCCAGACUUUCUGUUGAGUGUGACUUCUGUGCCUGAGCAUGGCAGUGCUACUCACCCAGGAAAGCAGAUGUUUCCUCUGCAGCUAAACAGAUUGACGGGCAGCCUGGGAUGGGGCCCUGCCCAGAAGCCUCCCACCUCUGCCGGGUCGCCUGGGUCCUGGGGCUCACCAGUCUCCUCCUCAGCACCUGCAGCACCGGGGCCCAGAGUUCUGAAGUGAAAGACACUGGAGCCAACCCUCCUCUGAAGGGGAUCCGAGGAGGUUCUGUCUUGUUUCACCUGAGCAAGGUCCGGGCAGCUGAGCUGGAGCAGACAGAGUGGGGCGUUGGUCCUGAGUCAGACUUCAGAGUCUUCCUGCGAGUCCAUCGUGGGAAAGAAGAUGCUCCUACCUGGGUCAACCUCCGGGACAAGUAUGAGCAGAGAGUCCACGUGCCCAACAUGACGUCCCUGAGGAUGGAGAACUUGACCCCUGAGGACAGUGGGCGGUACCGGGCUGGAGCUCAGUUAACAGGAGGCAGAGGAAGUACCCACGGUUUCCAGCUCACUGUCUAUGAGCCUGUGCCCCUUCCCCAGAUCAUGACUGAGUCACUGUCCCUCACACCAGACUGGUGUAAUGUCACCCUGGAGUGCAGGACCACGGGGGACAGAGAGAGCCUGAGUGUGACCUGGGAGAGCCAGGGCCUCCUCGGGGGUCUAGAGAGAAGGACCCCACCAGGACCAGCCCCCAGCUCCUGGACCCUGGCUGUGAGCCUGACCCUGAGCCAGCCCAAUGCCAGCCUCACCUGUGUGGUCAGCAACCCGGUGGACCAGAAGAAUGCCACCAAAGACCUCGGAGAGGUGUGCGUCCCUGGACAAGUACCUACUAACCCUACUAGUCACCAGCAACACAUCAUUGUGCCCCUUGUGGUUGUGCUGUGUAUACUGGGUGCUGGCCUGUUCUUCUGGAAGACACGUGGGAAGAAGAAGGAGAAGAUGGCGAUGGGAAGAGGUGCAGAACCACAGAAGGUGCAUGAGGAUCACGAUGAAGAUGUCCAGUAUGUGGAGCUGAAUCAGCAGGAGUCUCGGGAGAGCCACUACAAGGGUAUUGGUGAGCACCGUCUGGAAGAAAAGGAGUCUCUUACUACUGUCUACAGUGAGGUCCACACCCCAGGCCAGGCCAUGAAGAUAAUUUAAUUGGACAGAGCUGGAGAAUGAGCAAACCUGUGAACCUCUCCUGAGCCUGAGCCUUGCAGACAGCUGCCUCUUCCUGCCCUGAUCCAUCUUGAACUUACCCUGGUCUGUGCUGCACUGACCCUACUGCAUGGGCCCUGGGCACUUGUGGGCUGUUACUUCCCCUGAUCGUCCCCAAGCUGCCCUCGCACUCAGGAUCCUCACCCCAGUAAGUGGGCACUCUUCCUCUGUCAUUGACUCAGCUUCUGACCCCUCUUCUCCUGGAGCUUCCCAAAGAGGCCCCUCCUGACUACACAUCAUGACCUCCACUGCCUCUGUUGUAUUACUGGUGUAUGUCUUUCUGAGAACACGAGCCCAAGAGUGGGGACUGUGUAGAGGUAUUGACCACGCACAGGAGGGAGUUAGGACCUGGGUUUUGCAUGCCAAUUUGGGGGUCAGUUUGUGUGGUCAGAGUUGUUAGUCUUCUAUUUCACUGUGUAUAGGGCUCACUUGGGGGGUGUGGGCAGUGUGUGUGUGUGUGUUUGUGUGUGGUUGUGUGUUUGUGUGUGGUUGUGUGUGUUGGAGGAGUGUCUAUGACACAUCACACACCUGUUCCAGAGCCCUCUGGAUUCCUGGCCACCUGUGCUAAUCUGGACCUUGGUCUCAGCCUUUGUCCAUGGGCCCCAACUUCAUCCACAGUCAGAAGAGAUCUUUGUAUUAUUUCCAUUUCAGUCUGUUGAACCUUCUGUUUUACAGAGAAUGGAGUUUAGAAGGAUUAAAUUGUCUAUUUAUGAAAACAGCCCAGAUCUUCUCCAUCUGCAUAGGGUCAUGUGCUGGUUAGAUGGGAUGUGCAGGGUCCUCCUGCCCCCCCUUGGUGGGGACCUCUGGGAUUUGAGGGGGGAGCUGUGAGAAGGUCUGACCUGGCCUAACCAGCCUCUUCUACUGACCUCAGCCCCCUCCAUCCUUGCUGCUCCCACGUCCUAGGUCAGUUCCCUUUUCUCACUCAUAUUCUUCUGCCUGGAAUAACAGUCCCCUUUCCAUAGACCUCCAUAUACCUCUCCAUGGACCUCUCCAUGGACCUCUCUCCUAUACCUACCUGUUCAAACCCUACCAUCCUGCCCAAAUCCUUCUUCCAAACCAUUUGUUAUAUGGAGCAGGUCUGGAUCCAAGGCUUUAGAAAUGGUCUUUUCCAUUCCUUACAUUUUCACACCCUGAACAUAACUAUGGACCUUGCCAUAGUCUUUCCUGGAUUGGCCAUGAAACUGCCCUGCUGAUUAACCUGGGCCUCCCGCAGGAGGUGCUGGGCUGUGGAAGCCAGGGUCAUGGAGACAAGAACCUUUUUCUGUGAAGGGUCUGGGCACCCUUCCUGGCACUCAUGGGGCCCCAGAAAAGGGGAUCGGAGCACAAAGGCUGCUGAAAGAUUUGGUGGUGGGUCCAUGUGUAAGCAGGAUAGACUCCAUGAUAAUGAGGAUGACAGUGCCUGGCCCGAGGGUUUGAGGUGGGGUUUCCCACAUCAUCUCCUCCCACAUAUUGCCUGAGGACCCAUGAAACCUGCCCCUUGGGAUGUGGGAGCUUUUCCUCUCCCUGGGUAUCUCUCCCUCCUGAAACCCUGCCUUCUGCUUUGGGUCAUAGCUCUUGCUUCAAAGAUGGUAGCUUGAUUGCUCACUUAGAUUCCUGGGUGUCUUGGUUAAACCCCCACCUCCCUCUAUCCCCCUGCCACCACAGCUCAGUUCAGCUCAUCUAUGUCCUCAGAAAGCAAAGCUCUGAGCUAAGGGCUUGAGCAUUAUGAAGCGAUACAAGUGGCCUGUGGAUAGCGCUAGGGUAAGAAAGGAUAAGGGGGAUCCAUAAUAAAACUGUUUCUGACCUCCUUCCCCUUAGGCUGAGCAGAAAGUUGAGAGAGCAAAGGAGGACGUCCGCCCUGUCAUCCCAUGUGGCUGGUCAUGGCUGGGCAUCAAUGCCCAUCAGUCCCUGAGUGGUGUAAGAUGUGACCACCCAUAGCAAAACACAAACAAGCAAAUAAAACAGCAAUAAUAACAAGCAAAUAAGAAAGGAACUCAGCUUUCUGAGCCUAUAACAGACCAGGUUUUACCUCAGGCAUUUUAUAAAUAUUGUUUCUUACGACUCUUACAAGAAUUCUCUAGGGUAGAUAUUACCCCCAUUUUGUAGGACAAGCAACCAAGGUCCCAAACUAACCAUUGAAUGCAGCACUGUGUGAUUCUAGUGAUCACAUUGUACCAUUCACCACAUGGUCACUGAGGACUCUGGGACCCUGAGGCAUCAUGGGAAUAUUCUCCACAUGACCCUCUCCUGGCGAGCCUGGUCUCUGGGCACCAGCUUAGGAUUAGUUCAUGCUGAUGAUGGAUGGAGCAGCCAGUGGUUUAAAGAGGCCUUUCCCCACAGGACAAUGGGGUCUGGUGGGGGGUGAUGUGCAGGGAGGGGCCCUGUGCUCUGGUGCAGAUGAGACUGUCAGGGGCAGCUGCUUGCCCCCUGGAGCCCGUGGGCUCCUGCUCUCCUUGCAAUGGCAGCACCCCAGCUGCAGGCCAGCUCCUUUUGCUCUAGUCAUAACUCAUUUCAUCAUCAAUGAUUCUGUGGGCCAGGAAUUGUCAUUGUACAGAUGGAUAAAUAAAUAAACUUCACAGAUUUUAAGUACUCCCACAAUUUCUCCCAAGUGCAAGCGAUGCAAGCAUGAUUUGUGUCCACAGAGGAUCAUGAUUUCAUUCAUUUUGACUCCUUCAUCUCCCCUUGUCCAGACACCUACCUGAUCACUAUUCCACUGGGCUUCCCCUCAUAAUUGUUCUUGUGUUCCUCCCUCCUCUCAUUCCCAUCUCCCACCUGCACUGCUUUUACAUUCCCACCGGUGGUGUAUGUAGAUUUCCUGACAACCUCUCUGACUUGUCUUAUGUUUUGAUUGCAGCCAUCCUAAUGUGGGUGAAGAUGCAUCUCAUUGUGGCAGUGAAUUACAUUUCCCAAUACAUUAAUUAUU